UUAUUAGUACUUGGUUAGGUUACUAGUGUCAAAUAACACACCUUGAAGUCAACCAAUCAACCCUUUAUUUUGAACUGGAAUGGAACCCGCAGCUCUCACCAUAUUACAUAUACGUGAUUAGCACUGACUUCGCUAAUUGUUGUUACAAAUGACUCGUUCGGAUUAAAACGGUCAUUUAAAGAAACAACUAUUAAUAUUAAUCAGCUCUAAUACAACUUCAUCCCGACUCCGUACGGCUGGUCCUUCAUCCGUUUCACAUUGGCUCUUACCAUAACUCAUGUAACAAAGUGAUUAUAAAAUUUGGACACGUGUGUUGUGUGUUUUCCGAAUCCCGGUUUUAGUGCCAAGAAACUAAACGAGGAUAAAAGACUCUGUGACUUGUGCGCCUGUUGCUAUGGAAUGUAUGAAGAAUGAUGUUUCGUGUUCGGUGUUGUGAGAUUUCUGUUGAUUCAGAGAGAAAAAAAGAAGUGAACAUCGAAUCAGUGUUAUCAGGAGAAAAUAGGUUUUCCCUUUCCCAACACAGGAAGUACCCGUUUUGAAUAAUAUUCGUGCAAAAGAUAAACAAUAAAGUGUAACGCAGGAAGUGAGCCUCGACUUAUUGGAAAUGGGUCCACCCAGGCUCUGGACAUUGUGCAUCUGCCUGACGCUGUUACAAAUAAUCCAUGCUCAAGAAUGCGGGGAAGAUGAGUUCUCUUGCCACGAUAAAAACUGUAUUCCUUUGGAACAAAAAUGUGACGGCCAGGAAGAUUGUCGAAAUGGCGAAGAUGAAAUGGAUUGCGAUGAAUGUUCUUCAAAUGCUUUUCUAUGCAACGGCGGCCGUUGCAUUACAAGUAACAAUGUAUGUGAUGGCGUCAAGCACUGCCCUGGUGGCGAAGAUGAGGAUUGUAUAACAGAAGACAAUCAAUGUGGCGAGCACGAAUUUAGCUGCCUAUUGGAUGGUUUUUGCAUCUUAAUAGAGAAACGCUGCAAUAGACAGAUGGAUUGUUUAGAUGGUUCCGACGAGAAACACUGUGUACACUGCGGAGAAGGAGAUUUUCGCUGCCAAAAUGGCCACUGUAUUCCAAUGUCACAACGAUGUGACAGAUGGAAUCAGUGCAGUGACGGUAGUGACGAAAGGGACUGCACAAAUUGUGACGUACAUGAAUUCACCUGCCAAAAUGGAGCGUGCAUUGAUAAGCAGGAUGUUUGUAAUGGCUAUCGAGACUGCACAGAUGGUUCUGAUGAACAAAAUUGUUCUCGUCAUUGUGAACCCAAUCAGUUUACGUGUUCUGAUGGUUCGUGUAUAGGGAAAGAAAAACAAUGCAAUCACGUUUUCGAUUGCCCAGAUAGAAAUGAUGAAACUGGCUGUGACGAUAACUCUCACUUGAGAAAAUCAUUGGACCAUCAUCAUCUCCAUCGGCUUAGCCCCAGUCAUCAUGUCCACAAUCAACAGCAACCCGCUUACAAUAGUCGGUGUGAUCGCGAUAGUUUCGAAUGUCACGACGGCAUCUGUAUAGCAGGCUACAAGAAAUGCAACGGCAUAGUUGACUGUCACGACAACUCCGACGAAAUUGGUUGCCCAAAUGCUAAUGAUGACGAUACCGACAUUUGUUCAAAUGGCGAAUUCUAUUGCGAUAACAGAUGUUUGGAUAAAAGCUAUAUAUGCGAUGGUAGUAUCGACUGUGAAAAUGGCGAAGAUGAAGAUAAUUGUGAUGCACCCGAUGAAUGUAGUGAUACCGAAUUCGCAUGUGAUGGUAUUUGCAUAGAUAGAUCGGCUUAUUGUAAUGGUUCCCCAGAUUGUGAUGAUGGCACAGACGAAAAUAAUUGUAUCAUAUGUCAAAAUGGAGCUUUCCAUUGUAAAAGUAGAGAAUGCAUACCCAUUAGUAAGAGAUGCGAUGGAGCUAUGGACUGUAAUGAUAAUAGCGACGAACUUGAUUGUAAUACUAACUCAUCGAACGGCACUAGUGACGGUUGUAGCGCAGACCAGUGGCAGUGUGACAAUGGCUUAUGUAUAAAUAGCGAAUUCCGAUGUGACGAUCAUGUCGACUGCGCUGACAGAUCAGACGAAAGUAACUGUCCUUCUGGGCAGCAGUGCUCUGUGGACCAGUUCACCUGUACCGAUGGAUCCUGCAUCGAUGGUGAUAAACAGUGCGACAGACAUUUCGAUUGUGACGAUCGUAGCGACGAGGCCAACUGUGAUCAAUAUUAUCCGCCAGCUCCGCGUUGUCCUCAACACGAAUGUCCCGAUGGCACAUGCAUUGAACAUUCCCAACGUUGCAACGGUGUACGAGAUUGCCGCGAUGGUUCCGAUGAAUACAACUGCCCAUGCCGUCAAACAGAGUUCACUUGCAAUGACGGCCAGUGUAUUCCGUCAUAUCUCGUUUGUAAUAGACAACCGGACUGUCGAGAUCAAUCAGAUGAGCGAAACUGUUCCUGUUCAAGGUCCGAAUUCAGAUGCAAGACUGGGGAAUGCAUUCCAGAAUCCCGUCUUUGUGAUCUUCGUGUGGAUUGUGCUGACGGUUCGGAUGAAAACGACUGCAAACCCCAAUGUAGAGCACACGAAUGGACAUGCAGCAAUGGUAACUGCAUCGACAUUCGACAACGGUGUGACCGACGGUAUGAUUGUACCGAUCGCAGCGAUGAAAUAAACUGCCAUAGUGACCGAUGCGAGCAAAACAUGUUUAGAUGUGAGAAUGGUCCAUGUAUAUCUCAGUCGCUAAGAUGCAACGGAAGAGUUGAUUGCCCGUACGAUACAAGCGAUGAACUCGAUUGUAUCGAUUAUGCAACGCCAUCGAAUGAGCAUACGAGACUGAAUCUACGUACCUAUCCAAACGAGCAAAUCAUCAAAGAAAGACAGAUAAUUGAGGGUCGCGAAGUAGUCUUCCAAUGUCGCGAUGAAGGACCGAUUCGAGCGAAAGUCAAAUGGACGCGUGCAAACGGGAUGCCUCUUCCACCAGGAACUCGCGACUUUAACGGUCGGUUGGAAAUUCCUAAUAUAAGGUUUGAUCACAACGGCGACUAUAUAUGUGAGGCAGUGGGUUAUCCUAAAUCAACGCCUGGCGGCAGUAGAGUUGUACAUCUAACAGUAGAACGAUAUCAUCCUGCGGAACGUCCUCCAUCAGCAUGUUCGAUCACACAGGCAACGUGUAUGAAUGGCGAUUGUAUUGCUAAAUCGCAAAUUUGCGAUGGAAAUUUCGACUGCGCAGAUGGAUCAGACGAAACAAGGUGCAGUAAAUCUCAACGAUGCGAACCCAAUGAAUUUAAAUGCCGGAAUAAUAAAUGUGUACUGAAAACAUGGCGCUGUGAUGGUGAGCCUGAUUGUGAUGACGGCUCAGACGAAGAGAAUUGUGCAACAGUAUCACCUGAUUCUGCUUGUGGAUAUGACGAAUUCCAAUGCAGAAUUGGUCAAUGUAUACCAAAGUCUUUCCAAUGUGACACACAGCCCGAUUGUUUCGACAAAUCAGAUGAAAUCGGCUGCAUGGCGCCAUCUGUCAUUCAACCUCCACCUCCUUCACUCACGGUGCCAGCCGGUGGAAUAUUAAAUAUCACUUGUCGCGCCACCGGUAUCCCAAUUCCACUCAUUGUGUGGCGUCUCAACUGGGGUCAUGUACCAGACAGAUGUAAUUCUGUGAGUGAUAACGGAUUCGGCAUGUUGACUUGCGACAACAUGCAACCUAUCGAUGCUGGUGCUUAUUCUUGCGAAAUUAUCAACUCUAUGGGUACUCACUUUGUUUCGCCAGAUGCGAUAGUUAUUGUAACAGGAAACGACACUGUAUGUUCAUCUGGUUACUUCAACAGCAAAGCAAGACGACCAGAAGAAUGUAUCAAUUGUUUCUGCUUUGGAGUAUCCAACCAAUGUAAAAGUGCUGACUUGUUUACAUAUGCGCUACAACCACCGGUAACCUCGCUUACCAUCGUAGGAGUAGAAGGUCCUUGGACGGGACAACGUCAAAUCACUGAAGGAGAGUUUACAAAUCAUGAUCUCGUAGGAACCAGACAUGGUGUACAAUUGAGGCUGGCCAAUAUUGUUCCCGGUAGACAGAUUCCGUACUAUUCACUACCCGUGGACUACAAGGGAAAUCAACUAAAAUCGUAUGGCGGAUCUAUACGCUAUCAGGUAGAAUUCGACGGUACAGGAAAUCCGAAUGUUGCGCCUGAUUUGAUUAUCAAGGGCAAUGGUAUUGUGCUUCUAUACAAUCAUAACGCCCCGUUAUAUCCUGAUGAAAGAAACUCAGUAAUCGCAUCCUUUGUACCUGGAGUGUGGCGUAAGGAAAGCAACUCUCUGGCUUCCCGUGAAGACAUCAUGAUGGUACUGGCAAAUGUUGAGACCAUAUUGAUAAAAAUGUUAUACGUAGAAGGAGUUGAACGCAAUAUUGAACUGCUGGAUAUAGCAAUGGAUUCAGCAGCAAGUCGCGAUCUUGGCUUAGGUUCAGCAACAUUAGUUGAAGAAUGUAGAUGUCCUCCUGGAUAUAGAGGCCUUUCCUGUGAGAACUGUGACUAUGGUUACGUACGCCAGAGUAGUGGUCCUUGGUUAGGACGGUGUGUUGCAAAACUUCAGGAGUGUCGUCCUGGUUACUACGGAGACCCGAAUCGCGGAAUCGCUUGUCAACCAUGUCCUUGUCCCAUAUCGGGGGACAAAUCUAGAGCAAGAACUUGUCAGCUUGACAGUUACAACAAUGUAAUAUGUAAAUGUGAUCGUGGGUAUACUGGAGAUAGAUGUCAACAAUGUGAAUCAGGUUAUGUAGGAAACCCAAUGGGCGAAGGCUGCUUCCCGGCGCCCAUAUCCAAUUGUAAUCCUGAAGGCACCUACCAAAUACUUCCUGAUGGAAAAUGCAUCUGUAAAACUGGUGUCACUGGUGCAUACUGUGACCGUUGCCAAAAUGAACAUUUCUUUAAACAUGACAAUGGAUGUAUUGAAUGCUUCUGUAUGGGAGUGUCCAAGACCUGUACCAGUACAAGUCUCUUCAGAAAUACGCUUCAAGCAUCAUUCAACGAUGGACAGUCAGGAUUUUCUCUAAUCUCCGAUUAUACUAAUCCAGAGAUUGUCGCUACGAAUAUUCCAGCCAGCAGUCGUGAAAUUGUCUAUCGUAAUUUCGGUACCAGUGAUGACACAUUCUAUUGGAGACUUCCGAUGAAGUUUUUGGGCAAUAAAUUGACAUCAUAUGGUGGAUUCCUCAAUUAUACCUUGCGUUAUACCCCUCAUUCCUCUGGUGGUGCUUCGAGAAACAAUUCACCUGACGUAGUUCUACACAGUGGAAACAAAAUUAAACUUCAUCAUUACCGAACGGAUGGCACUAUUCCUCACGGCAUUUUCGGCACAUAUACCGUUCCAAUACUAGAAGAGUACUGGCAAAAUUAUGAAGAUGGUAACAAAGUUCUGCGUCCAUACCUAUUGAUGGCACUCGCCAACGUGAGUGAUAUUUUCAUUAAGGCAACAUACAAUACGGUAUCAAAUGAGGCGGCGUUAUCACUCGUCAGCUUGGAUGUUGCUACCGAACAUGAUUACGGGUCAGGUUCUAGAGCAUGGCCUGUUGAACAGUGUCAAUGUAUUCAGGGACAUUCCGGCCUUUCAUGUGAAGAUUGUUCCCCGGGUUAUUACAAGGGAGAUGGUGGUCUGUACCUUGGCCUAUGUGAAAAAUGUGAAUGCAACGAACAUUCGGAUGAAUGUGAUCCUGUGACUGGGGCAUGUCUCAAUUGUCGUCACAAUACUUAUGGAAAUAACUGCGAGUAUUGCAAACCUCCUUAUGUUGGUAAUGCUACGGACGGCACACCGCAUGAUUGUACAAUGGAUAAACCUGAUCCUUCUUUCAACUGUCAACACUGUGAUCCGAGAGGUUCAACUGGACGAUGCCAAGAACAAUGUGAAUGCAAAAGGUUGGUCGAGGGGUAUCGUUGUGAUCAAUGCAGAGAAGGUUCAUUCGAUUUAAGUGCCCAAAAUAUCGAUGGAUGUCGUGCCUGUUUCUGUUCGGGCGUCACUAAAUCAUGUACUAAAUCAAGAUUCUUCCGAGAAGACCAUCCUGUAUUUAUAGCCAUUGAUGAUGGAUUCACUCUGACUAAUCGUGACGGACACGUAUUAAUAACAACAGGUUUUGGUAUUGCACCAAAUAAAAAUGAAAUAACUUACUAUUUCAACGAUCGCGAAACGUAUUACUGGAACCUUCCCGCAAAAUUACUCGGUAAUCAAGUCUUAUCAUACGGAGCAAAUCUGACAGUCACACAAACAACUAUCGGUUCGGAGCCAAUUCCUGAUCAAGACGUCAUUCUGAUAGGAAACGGUCUAAAAUUGUUUUGGUCGAGACCACACUAUGAAGAUGGGUUAUAUUCCGUCCCGUUGUUAGAAAGUUAUUGGACCACACUUGAUUCCAGAGGUCCUUACCAAUCUAGCAGAAAUGAUAUCAUGACUGUGUUAGCCAAGCUCGAUCAUAUUUUGAUAAGAGCAACGGUACGUGCUUACACUACAAGAUCAUCACUCAGUGACAUAGUGCUGGGAACCGCUGUUCCAAUGCGGACUGAUUAUGGACCUGCAGAUGAGAUCGAGAUAUGUCGCUGUCCUCCAGGGUAUCGCGGUACCAGCUGUGAGAUUUGUGAUGAUCUGUACUACAAGGAUAUGUUUGAUCAAUCGGCUGGUAUCACAGGAGUAUGCAAGCCUUGUCCGUGUGACAAUGCAGAAUCAUGUGAAAUGAGUAGUCAGGGGCAUGUUGUUUGCAAUUGUUUACCUGGAUACGCUGGUCGAACCUGUGAAAACCCAUUAGAUCCUCUAACUGCUCGACCGGAGCACAGAACAGGUCGAAAAAUAAAUUGCUCUGAGUAUGCAGUUGUAAUCUUCGAAGAGAACGGCAACUUGGAUCGCAAACUAAUACACGACGAUAAGGGAGUUGAAGUCGGAGUCAUUUACAAGAUAAAACGAUCAUACAAAGGUCCCGAUCACGAUCUCGUGACUCACCCACCACCCUCGCCAGUUAUUGAAGUUGUCGUUAACGCACCAACAAUACAAAUUGUGGAAAUAGGACGAAACUUGCGCUUGGGAUGUACUGCGCGAUAUAUUGUAUCCAAGCAACCCAUCGAAGUACACUGGGAUAGAGUAGGCGGGAGAUUGCCUGACCGGGCAUACAUCGAGAGUGGCACCCUGUAUAUUACCAAUGUACAAAUUUCGGAUAGUGGAAUAUACGAAUGUAAAGCCAGUAGUGGACCAGACACAGCUUAUCAACAAGUUACCGUAACAGUAGAAGGUGUUUCGCCGUCUAGAAAACCGGAAGUAACGAUAUCUACUGAUAUUAUCGAUCUCGACGAAUAUCGUGCAGCAGAUGUUACCUGUCAGGCAACCGGUUCACCAACACCAGUUAUCACAUGGGAGCGAAUGGAUAACCACCCUAUAUCAUCGAAUGUUAUAAUUGAAUAUGGGUUGAUCCGCUUUAAUUCACUUCGAAAAUCAGACGAAGGUGCAUAUCGUUGUAUCGGUCGCAAUAAUUUUGGUGAAAACGAUAAAAUACUGCAUGUCUAUGUACGUGAGUCGAGACCCCAAACACCUCAGCCACCAACACAACCUGACUAUCCGUACGAGACAGUGCAAAUAAAUCCAGAUAAUUAUCAAGGUCACUCUGGUGAGAGAAUUACAUUGACAUGUAUAUGCCAACCGCGAGGCCAAAUCAGAUGGGCAAAAACGGGUGAACCAACUCUGCCAAGGAAUAGCUAUGUACAAAACGAAUUACUCAUCAUAGAGCAUGCCACAAUUGAUAACUCUGGUCGAUAUACCUGCUCUGUACUUUUCCCUAGCGGACGCGAACGUUCAUCUUCCGUAGAUAUUACGGUUUCACCGAUGAGACCAGAUUUAACAACACCCCGCGUUAAACCUCUAGAAAACAAACACACCAUCACGCAAGGAGCAGACCACAGCAUCACUUGUGAGGCAAGUGGAAAUCCUCAUCCAGUCAUUAAGUGGACAUUGAGUGGAAAACCAUUUGCUCCCAACGUGCAACAAACCGGAAAUAUCCUUCGUAUUUUGAAUGCUCAACCGGCAAAUGGAGGUGUUUAUAUUUGUGUAGCAGAGAAUAGCGAAGGCAUGGAUCGUUCAUACACGAUCGUCGAUGUUGAUCGACGCGAGCCACCAGUGCUAGAAUUGUAUCCAAAUGAACCCCAAAAGAUAAAGGUAGGUGAAUCCACUAGAUUAUCAUGUCGUGCAACCGGAGGAAUACCAUAUCCAACCAUAACAUGGAUGCGUAGAGAUAGAAGACCACUUUCAUCAAGAAUUACACAAGAUUAUCCUGGUGUUAUAACUUUGCGCGAGGUAACGAUUGAGGACUCUGGUGAAUACGAAUGCCGAGCUGAAAACACUGCUGGAUCUACUUCAUUGACAGCAUCCGUCGAAGUACAGUUGGCACCAAUAAUAACAAUAUCUCCAUCAGCAGAUGAAUACAAACUGUAUGAAGGAGAUGAAUUAAGUAUUCAAUGUACGGCUAGAGGAAAACCAGAACCGAAUGUCGUGAUGAAACCUCCGCAAUAUCUCGAAAUUGGCACCCGACAUCUAUCGCAAUAUGAAGGGCUUGGUUCAGCCAACAUCCAUAUUUAUCAAGCGGAGACUAAGCAUUCAGGAACAUAUGAAUGCGUUGCUUCUAACCCGGCCGGAACUGAUUCACGAUUCAUCACAAUUCAAGUGGAGAAGAAACGGGGCGAUCUAGGCCAUCACGAUGAUGAUCGAGAUACCUACCCAAGACCACCAAUCUACGAUCGACCUCAACAACACACCUAUAAAGCAGUUCUUGGUGAACGAUCGGAGUUAUUGUGUAAUGAAGCAUCGAGAGGGGCACGUACAGAAUGGAGACGAGCUGACGGAGGCAGAUUACCCAUUGGAUCCAUUCCACGUGAUGGUCAGCUGAUCAUACAAAACACCGGACAUGAUGCUACUGGUUUAUAUGACUGCGUUGCUCAUGACAUUGCCGAAGCUCCUACAACGAUAGUUCAAAUUAUGCUAGAAGUUAUAGAACCACCACGCAUCGUCUUCAGUCCAACGAUGCCAAUGAUCGUACGUUCUGGAGAAACGGUUACGAUCAUUUGCAAUGCAACGGGCGAACAGCCAAUCCGGGUACAAUGGCACGGCGAGAAUGGACAGAGUCUCCACGAUAGAACGCGAGUGAGUGGACAGUACUUACAGUUCACUCAAAUUACACAAGAAGACGCAGGAAGAUACUACUGUUCCGCUUCCAACCGACAUGGGAAUGUUACGAAAGUUGCCGAAGUAAUCGUAAACAGAAAUGACAUGAUUCCAGACAUCCCAUCUCACGGGCGAAUUCAAGAAGUCUACAGAGGAUCAUCCAUAUCAUUGGAUUGCAAAUUACCGAAUGAUCAUUACUACCCAGGAGUCACGUAUCACUGGUCACGCCUAGAUCGUCCGUUGCCAUACUACGUACGGGCGGAAGAAAGAGUAAUCCAGCUCAACAACAUACGUGACGAUGACGCAGGUCGAUACGAGUGUCGUAUGACCUAUCCAAACGGAUCUGUGGCAUAUGACUUCGUCGAUGUAGCUAUCAAGGAGGGAAACACACAGCCCAAUAGUAUCAUGUGCACGUACACAGACUACGUUUGCAAGGCCCCAAUUUUAAUAUUCCACACCUGUAUACCGUCUUGGAGGAUCUGUGACGGAAAAUCUGACUGUGCUGAUCAUUCCGACGAGCGAGAUUGCCAUGUGUUACGAAGGGGGACGACGGUGGGUUCCAGUCAUCUAGGUCAAACUAUACGUGGUCAACAUCAGUCACUUCGUGAAUCGAUUCGAUCGAUUUCCAACACGGAUCCUUAUUUGAUCAGAGCUGCAUCCAAGUUUUUCGCUCCGCAAUCUCUCCCAAUCCUUCGCCUGGAACCGACAAUGUCUUACCUAAUUCCCGGUGAGUCUAUUGUUGUCGAUUGCACGUCAUCAGCGGGUGCACAUGUACCAGUGACAUGGAAAAGAACGGGAGGUCUUCCGCUACCGUAUAAUUUCAGGCAAGAUGGAAAUCGUCUAAUCGUCCAAGACGCGACGGAGUCCGAUGCUGGAAAAUACACGUGCAUCUGUCAUACGGACGAUGGCCUGCAGUACCUCUCUGAUUUUGAAUUACAAGUCACACCAGCAAGGCAUCCGGAAUUUUCACGUACUACUAAGGUAGAGUAUGCUGACCGAGGUUCAACGGUGAAGCUUCACUGCAACACCGACAUAUCCCCUUCGUCCUUCAAAUGGUCAAGAGACCGGGGUAAUUUCAACGCAGACCAAAAUACUACAAAUGCAAUCCUUACGUUAACCGACGUGCAAGCCAUGGAUGCUGGUACAUACAUUUGCUCAGCGCAAUACAACGGACAAACCGUGGAUGCCUUAACAACGUUGGUGGUCAAUAACGCCAUACCGUUUUUCCCACAAUCCCCCAAAAGUUACAUGGCGUUCAACAAGAUUGACAAUGCAUACUCAAAAUUCCACUUUGACAUCUCCUUCAAACCUGAAAAACUUAAUGGUCUCAUUUUGUACAAUGGACAAAGACGACCGAAUGGAGACUACAUCUCACUAUCACUACGCAACGGAUUCCCGCAGUUCAAAUUCGAUUUCAAUGGACAAGUGACUACUUUGCAACCAGAAAAACCAAUCAGUAUUGGAGGGUGGCAUACUGUAAAAGUGAACCGUGUUAGAAACAAUGGGUUCUUACUAGUUGACGACCAAAGUCCUGUAGUAUUCCCGGAUAAACUCAAGUUCUAUGGCUUGAAUUUAGACGAUCACUUGUAUAUAGGAGGCGUUCCUAAUUUCAACGCUAUUCCAAACAAUGUUGUUGAAUCGCAAGAAGAAUUCGUCGGUUGCAUUAGCAGACUUGUAGUGAAUGGACGUGAAAUUCAGCUGCUGCAGGAAGCUCUCACGAAUGAAGGAACAACAUCCUGUGAACCAUGCGCUGAUGAUCCAUGCAAAAAUUCCGGAAUCUGUUUGGAGACACAAAGCGCAAAUGGUUACUCCUGCGUUUGUCAAGAUGGUUACACAGGAAAAGAUUGUCUCUUUGAAGGAAAGAAAUGCACUCCGGAAACAUGCGGAAUUGGUCGCUGCGAAGAAAGUGACGAAGGAGCGGAGUGUUUCUGCCCCAUUCACAAAACCGGAGAUCGAUGCCAGUAUACCGAACAUUACGAGGGCGAUACAUUAGCUUUCAAGGAUGGCAGUUACGCUGCCUAUGAUAAAUUUCAAACCAAACGCAGUGUUAAAUUCCGCUUCAAACCUGACACUUUGGAAGACGGGGUAAUCCUGUACGCGGUAGAAAAUGAAAACACUUACGGCGAUUUCUUCGCUAUCGUGCUCAAGGCUGAGCACAUUGAGCUACGCUACAGCGUAGGAGGAAAAAUACCACCAAUCAUAAUUCAGUCCACAGUAGCAGUCCGGGCAAAUAAUUGGCAUGAAAUAUCGGCUGGUCGCAGCCGCGGUGGCCUGGCCUAUCUACAAGUUGACGAAGAACCGCUGAUCAACGAACCUAAAGUGGGCAGAGCCACUGCCAUUUCUUUGAAAUCAUUUGUGUACAUCGGUGGCUACGACAAACGGGUUCUUUUCAAUCGCGCUAUUGAUGUGACCAAAGGAUUCGAAGGAUGCAUUGCGGAUCUUGAAAUAUCUGGAAACGCGAUGAACAUGAUAGAUGACCUUCGGGAAUCAGCCAACAUCUAUAAUUGCGGUCAUCAACAAAAUGUUCACGGGGCAGAAUAUGGUGCAGAUGGAAACAACGAAAUCGAUUCAUGCAAGCCAGGAUAUGGCGGACAAAACUGCGACAUCAUAGUGGACAUAUGUCUGGCGCACAAGCCAUGCGAAAAUGGUGGUCAUUGUAUUUCCAAGGAGAACGGAUUGCUCUAUUCUUGUGAAUGCAAUCCAGGUUUCCUUGGUCGUAAGUGCGAACAUGUUUACGCAACCAAUAUUGGAUCACAUUUCCGGGGAGAUGGCUUCCUAGAGAUGAAUCCUAAAGCGAUUGUAGACAGUCCAGAUCAGUUUGUGACGAAGCUUGCAAUCAUGUUCAGUACGACCAACGAUAACGGCAUGUUGAUGUGGUAUGGCCAACGAAACGGAGUAAAUUUCGCCGGAGAUGACUACAUAUCGUUGGCAGUACAUGAGGGUUUCCUAGAGUUCGGAAUGCGACUGAAUGGUGAAGAAUCUUCACUACGAAAUGAGGAUGUGUUUGUCGCCGAUGGCGAAAGACAUGUAGCAGUAAUUAGUCGCGAAGCUAAUCGCAAUAGGCUUGAGGUGGAUCACUUCUCAUCUCACGGAGAGACCCGACCUACGAGGAGACAGGAAAUACAUCUUCCUGGAAAUAUUUACAUUGGCGGAGCACCGAAUCAAAAUCAAUUCACUGGAGAUAGAUUCAACGAAAGUUUCAAUGGAUGUGUUUACGUAAUUGAGAAUUUAGACACUACCAGAGCCGUUUCACUACAGGACUUUGCUAUUCGAACAGUAAAUGUUGAUGUGUGUGACGAUCCUAAGUGGAUAGUUCCAUCCUUACUAUAUCCGGAUAUUGAUGAGACUGAUGAAGUAUUUGGUCCACUAGAAUUUGAUAAGGUGGAAGAACCUCCACCUGUUCAUAUAAUAUAUCCUAGACCGUAUAACAAUAAUGCCCCUGUUUUUUCUUGUUCCAAGAUAUGGCCAAUAUUUUUUAUAAUUGGCAAACAUUUCACGACGAAACGGUUAUGAAAUUGCUUGAACGAUUAAGUCAAUUAGCUCAAAUUCCAGUAAAGUAAUUACCUUAAAGAAUGUAUAUAGUAUAAUUAUGUAAAAAAUGUACAUAACGUAAUUACCGAUGAUUGUAGAUAGAAACAGGUUAUGACAAUUGUAAUCAUUGUACGACGUGCAUGAUUGCAAUAAAUUUGUUUGAAAAAUGAGUCAACCAGAAUUACUAUUCUCUGUAUUGCUAUUCCUCUUCAUCCCAUAUCACACACAUUUUGUUGUGAUUUCGUAGACUUCAGUAGCCAUUUAACUGAUACCAUUGAAUGGAACAAAUCAUAAAACUAUAAUUUUCCUCUUUGUCUCUAUGUAUUUUUUAUUUUAAAAAAAACUUUUUUUUUUGAAGUUUUAUUAGCAUAAAAUACAGAUAACGUGUUCAGCUAAGCUUCUUAUUGCUCUCUAUAAGCGAUUGCGAAGUAACGGGCACAACUUUUCAACAUAGUCCUCUGAAAUUGAAGCCCACGCCUUGCAAUGGAAGUUUUCAAGUAAUUGGAACUUAGGAGUGAGGAUUCACAGCCCUUCGCAUCAACAUAUGCCCAUAUUGAUUAGUCGACUAGAACCCCGUCAACCAGGGUUGCCAACUCUUCUUCUUGAAUGGCGUUAACGUUCCCUGUGGAACUUUUGCCGUCUCAACGUAUGCAUUAACUAGCGUCAUUUAUUAAUACUUAGUGGAGAUUUCUUAAGCGAAAUAACACGCCUACAAUGUAUUACGAGGGGCAAGCUGUAGAAUACGCGUGACCACAGUGCAAGUCGAAGGAAAUUUCUUUGAUGAAAAAUCCCCCGGCCAGAACGGGAAUCGAACCCGAACACCCGGCAUGAUAAUGUGAGACGCUAACAACUCGGCCACGGCUGCACAGUUUUGCCAACUAUAAUUUUCAAAAAUCAGGAAGAAUGAAAAUAAUAAUCAGGAAGAAAUCAGCAUAGUUCAUAAUGGUUAAAACUUUUAUCCUCUCACAACACGUUUGUUCUCUUUUAUUUUUCAUGCUGACCUUGCUGACCUUGCCUCCGUGUUGGCGAUAACCUCCUCAUUCGACUCAAAUUUCUGCCCGGCGAGUGAAUUUUUUAAGUUUGGAAACAAAAAAAAAGUCGCGCGGGGCCAAAUCUUGAGAAUGCGGUGGAUGGGGCAGCAGUUCGUAGUGUAAUUCGACCGUUCUUCGCCAAAUGGAGCCGUUUUUUCUGCAUUCGGCGUCGAAUCGACCCAAUAAUUCGGCAUAGUAGAGCCCUGUGACCAUUUUGCCCUUCUCCAGGUAGUCGAUGUUGAUCUCACCUUGUGAAUCCCAGAAAACGGUGGCCAUCACCUUUCCGGCCGAUAGGACAGUCUUCGCCUACUUCGGAGCACGUUCGCCGUGUGAAGUCCACUGUUUCGACUGUUUCUUGGUCUCUGGCAUGUACCAGUGGAUCCAUGUUUCGUCGACGAUCACGAAACGGUGCAGAAACUCCUUCGGAUUGCGCUUAAACAGCGUCAAACACUGCUUUGAAGUGGUCUCACGGUUGCGCUUGUUGUUCGGAGUGAGCAAACGUGGCACCCGUCGCGCCUACAGCGCUCUCAUGCCCAAAAUUUCAUGCAUGAUAUGACCCACGCGGUCUUUUGAGAUGCCUACUGUUUCAGCUAUCUAGUGCACCUUCGAUCGGCGGUCUGCCGAUACGAGAUCAUGGAUUUUUGUCACGUUAUCCUCCGUGGUAGCCGUUUUUUGAGCACCUGGGCGUGGCUCAUCAAAAACCGACGUGCGAACACGUUGAAACUCGUUAAACACUUUUUUAACGGUCGCCAUCGAAGGAGAAGAGACACCGUAUACAGUAUCCAAGCGCUCUUUGAAUUCGCUGCGCGAUUUCCUUCCAAAAGCAAGAAUCGAAUCACCGACCGAUAUUGCUUAUUUUCCAUUUUUCUGAAAUCCUCUGAAAUCCGCUUUCAGCUGAAUCUGAGUCCGAUUCAGCUGAAAUUUUGACAGUAGCUGUUUACGAGAAUGUACUACUCAAUAGUAAUCUCUUUUGCGAUACUGACCCCAUCGGGCGAUGAGGCUAAGUACUUAUCGGACAGCCCUCGUAUAUAUUUUUCCCAAAAACCUACAGCAUCACUACAUUGAUUCGUUGAGAGAUCAGUAUUUAAAAUUUUCUUGAAUUCAUGAUCCAUACUUUGGAAUGAAUGUUGUUUACUCAUCAAUUGAGAAAAGCAGUGGAUGUUACUAUAGUUUCACCAUUACAGUUAUUUCUACUUUGAAUCUGAUGAUGAAAUAUUAUAGAAAAUUAUAUUAUUUUGACUUUAGUAAUAUGACGCUCUGGAACGUAUUCCUUCAUCAAUAAUUUUGCGGCCACUCGUAUAUACACAUCGUACAAGGUAAUAUUGUUCCUCAAACAUAAUAUCGUUAUUAUUUCUUAAAUUUAUCAAAAAUUAUGGUUUCAUGAAACUAUCCAGCACUGUUUUGAAAAGCCUCAAAAUGUUAUGAAUAAUUCAAAUAGUUCGGGGCUUUCACUCUGGAAAUUCUUAUUCAGUCAAUCAUACAUAUUGAUGAAUAAGUUUGGUACAACUUUGUACCAGGAGAAUUUAAUUUAAUGCAAGUAUUAACUCUUUGCAGUCGUAUAAAAUUUGGGCAUGGGUAUCGUACUGGUCGGAAUUAUUUUUCCUUGAAAAAGCAGUGAUACAUGCAAGAUUAUGAAAAAUAAACAUUUUUGUAUUUAUUUUGUGAACUUUAUUUUGUGCGAAAUCUUUCGAAAUAAUCUCCAAGAGUAAAUCAUAUGAAGUAUAAUUAAUACAUAAUUUUAUUUUUAUUAUCCGUUGAAUAUAAGACACCUUCGCCAUUAAUGCAAAAAAUGUAUAAUUGAUGUCAAUGUGUAUCCGAAAAGAUCGACGCUUUUCAAUUUUAACAAAGUUUAUUUUACAGAUUAUUCAGAUGACAUAAUGAGAUGAUACUUAUGCAAACAAUUAUUCUGCUCUUUGAAAACUUCAACAAACAACUACUUCAACAUAAUUCAAACUAGUUACUCGAAUUAAUUCAGCGUAUCCGAAAUGAUCAAAAGUUUUCACUUUAGAUGACCAAAGAUUUUGCUUGAGACACUUAUAUGACUAUUCAAAUAACAUGAGACAUUUAUGCAAACAGUAGUUCUGAUUUGUGGUUCACCCGUGGCCGAGUGGUUAGCGUCUCACAUUAUCAUGCCGGGUGUACGGAUUCGAUUCCCAUUCUGGCCGGGGUAUUUUUCGUUAAAGAAAUUUCCUUCGACAUGCACUAUGGUCACGCGUAUUCUAGAGCUUGCCCCUCGGAAUAAAUAUAAGGGGUGUUAUUUGGCUAAAGAAAACUCAACUAAGUAUUAAUAAAUGACGCUAGUUAAUGCAUACGUUGAGACGGCAAAAGUUCCACACGGAACGUGAACACCAUUCAAGAAGUUCUGAUAUUUAUGAACAAUAUUUUCCAUCACACCAAAGUGUUACAAUGGCUAAAUUCUGCUGUUAUGAUUUUUUGUCCCACAUUCUUAUGCAUUCAACGCACUGUGCGUUAUUUUGUGUGGGUGACCUCUUUGUACCUACUUAGUACCCGUUAUCUACUACUCAUAGGAACAUCAUAUUGAUUCGUGAACAGGUUCAUUAGACAUCAAGCUUCGUUUAGGAAAAGCAUAAACUGGUACUUGGUCGCGUAAAAUAUAAGAUUAGCAUGGUUUCUUGCUGUGGUGGCUGAGAGCAGCAAACGACCAGAACGGUAAAAAAGGUAUGGUGGCUGAGAGCAGACAAACGACCACAAAGAGUUAAAUAUAUACAAGUAUACAUGUGCGGACCGGAGAGCUAUUAUGACAGUUUCCAUUUCGAGUCAGGAAAACUUUGUCAUUGAUGCCAGCAUGUUUUGACGUAGGACUACGUCUUUCAUUUCUAUACCGGGGUGUAAAAUCAAAGUUUCGAAAACGAAAGCGUUACGCCGGAGACCGAGAUUUUGAGCGUUAAUAGCUCCUAAACAACUGAACGAAAUGGUAUGAUAAACACUUCAUUCGAAAGAUAAAAUGUCUACGCGUUCUAUACUUGUUACUUUCUGAUCCAAAAACUUGUUUCAAUAGUCUUAAAAUUGCUUUCAAAACAGGCUAUUGAAAUCACCAAUCAGUAUAUAAGCGAGCGCCGCUCGGAAAUCUACUCAGUUCCAAUUGAACAGCGAUUGGAGCAUGUUGCCGCUGUUGUGGUGAAGCUCUUCGUUUAUCAUGAAAGUGCGAAUGAACGGUGUCACCAAGAGCCUGUUUGUGCACUUUAGGCCAGAACGGUUCCCCGGCAAGAUCUCGAAGCAGCCGCUACACACACACACACACACAUAUACACGCGCGGAAUUUUUUCCGUUUGGAUGCCAUUCAGCAUCGAGAAAGAUCCGGAAAAUAAUCUGCCAGUUCCUCUGGGAAUUUAAAAAUACAUUCACGUGAAAGAGUUUAUUUGAAUGUUUUCUAUCCAUGUAACACUGUGACCAAAUAUGUUUCAAUCAAGUGCUAUUAACAGAUGGUUAUCGAGUUAGCAUUAACCACUGGUGGGCUUCCAGUAUCGAGGAAAAUGUGGAAAUAUCUAAUCGUUACUGAAAAUAAUCUGCCAGUUCCUCUGGGAAUUUAAAAAUACAUUCAUGUGAAAGAGUUUCUCUUAAUGUUUUCUAUCCAUGUAACACUGUGACCAAAUACAUUUGAUUUUGUGAUUUUUCAAUCAAUCGCAAUUAACAGAAUAGCUUCUGAAGAUUAUUCUUCCCCAUCAGUAGGAUAUUUCCGUAUCCAAUAUUGUAUGCGCCCGCAAUCGAUUAUUGCUCAGUCGCCGAAAGUUCUGAGCUCAGAGAGUUCAUUCCCCUCUAGUUUGCCUUCCAAAUUGCCAUCGUAAACCACACCUUCUCUCGAUUCAAUCACGCACAAAAAGCAUACUUAAGCGAUAUUCUGGUGGUGAGACGCAUUCAUUUUUUGUGAGGACAUCGACAAGACAACAUCGUUGCUGAGGGUGCUGGACGGCGAAGGAUCGAAAUCUGCCCUGAAACGCAGGCAGUUUGUUUGAACCUGUGAGGGAGCACAGAGAAGCCGAUCCUUCAGGAGAAGAGAAGGUGACCAUCGAAGCAGCCGCUACACACACAUAUACACGCACGGAAUUCUUUCCGUUUGGAUGCCAUUCAGCAUCGAGAAAGAUCCCGAAAAUAAUCUGCCAGUUCCUCUGGGAAUUUAAAAAUACAUUCAUGUGAAAGAGUUUAUUUGAAUGUUUUCUAUCCAUGUAACACUGUGACCAAAUACAUUUGAUUUUGUUAUUUUUCAAGCAAUCGCAAUUAACAGAAUAGCUUCUGAAGAUUAUUCUUCCCCAUCGGUAGGAUAUUUCCGUAUCCAAUAUUGGAUGCAUAAAACCUUGUGCCUCCAACGUAACGCUCUCGUUUUCGAAGUCCCCCAAAUAUUCAUUCAUUCAGAAUGAAUUCAGAUUCAACUUCAAACAAAUAAUCUCUAAAUCAACGAUAGUCCUACGUCACCCUUGCGGUUUUACCAUAGAUAUAACCUACUUCCUGUUUUUUACUGAUAAUUUUCAUUCUGAUAAAGCAAAAAGUAGAAAACUCAGGAGAAAUCAGGAUCAUUUCUGAAAAAUCAGACAAAAUAGGUUGUUUGUCAGGAUGUCAGGGAACGUGCCAAAAAGUCUUUGAAAUCCUGAGAAAUCAGGAUGGUUGGCAUCUCUGCCGUCAACUAUUCAAUAUGGGUGUAUGUUUGUAACGAAGGUUCCUUGCAACUAUGAUAAUAAUGCAACUAUAAUAAUAAUAAAUUAUCUUUGUGAACAGUGCCCCACUUUGGGCGCCAAAUGUAACGAAGGUUCCUUUUCCCAAGUAAACAGAAGCUUCAUCUUCUCUGUCGCCGAGUAAAGCUGCUAGGUUACGAAUGGUCCGGCUAGAGACCUUCAGAGCGAGCAGUUCACAAACCUCUAAAACUCUCUUCCCUGUUCCUUUUAUUAUAAUGGAGCGUCCCCACCGAACAAUGGGACCAUAUCGAAUAGGAUAGGACUUGUCUUUACACCGAUCACUACGGUUUAGCGACCACGGACACCGAACCAACACAACCAAUCUCGAACCGCACUUCUCAUCUCACGUCGUUUUUUUUUUCUUUUUGCGUUUUAUUUUUCCGCGACUCACGGCUUCUAAAGUGUUCCAGCUUUUCGGACCACGCGCACUCUACCUCCUAAAUCUCCUAUCCUUCUCCUACUUCUAGACUGUCCUUUUUUCCGUGGAUGACAUAUCUCCCGCGAAAGUCGCAGGGAAGUUUCAGUGGAGACCAUUACAUCAAAACACGAAACGAUGCAACUUCCCUGUCGACAUACAGAUAGCGCUAGUCAAAAGCUGUCAGUUUCGACGGGGUCGAACACGACGUUACAUGUUGAAGCGAAGGGACUGUAUUGAUGUCGAAUAUCUUUCGGCCAAAAUAACUUCACUUUCACUUUCACUUUCACCCAGGAUCGGGUUGGAAAACAAUAUUUUCAUGUUCAUUGAAGUUUUUUUGAAUCCACGAAAGCACUAGAUUCUCCAAAAUGCCCAUGUAGACUUCAGUGUUCACUUCCCACAGCUUCUACGAAAACAGGAGGCUCUUUCAAUCCAUUCGAUGAAGCCGCUCCAUAUAACAUGACCAGAGAGGUGCUUGGACAUACUUAAAUUUCACAUUCUAUGGAACAACCCCAGUCCAAUCUUCAGGGUGAAAAAUACCUAUCUGUUCGAUAAUGGGAUACCAGAUCACACGAAAAAGGUUUCAUUACGAUGAUCGGUUGGGUUCCUUUUUUUUCAACUGUUACAGCAAUUGUUUCAAGCGCCCAAGCCGCAGUGCUUUGACCUAUUCCGUUAUCAUAUGGCGUUUCAUCUUAGCCCUUCCCAUUUGAGUUUAGUUGGGCCUCCCUCGAAGAGUUCCGCUGCGAGACCAUCCCUACCAGCUGCUUUGUGGUUCUUUAGCUGAUAAAACGCCGACCUUCUUCCCUGCACCGGUGAAGUCCUCUUCAACGCCAUCUGGUUUCCUGACUGCGCGCUGUCAAGAUGUUCAUCGUAGAGUUGUCUCUACCUUUCGUUCGCCUUGCAUUCGUAAGUCAAGAUGCCUCCUUGUUCCUGCACAUUUAGGCAUUUGCGAAGCGGUAGUUUUUUGAAAAACUUCCGCGAUUCCGUUGUCCGCGUUCCUAUUUCGGUCUCUGCUGUGCUGCUAAUUGUUUUUUUUUUUGCGUGUUUCCGCAUUCAUCAAGGGGAGCAGUACCCAGUUCAUCUACCCCCGGUAACGUAGCUUUUAGUAUGUAUUUAGUAUGUUGCACCAACGUUCUGUUCCAGCAGUCGUCGUAGUUGGUACCGUGGUGAGCGCUAAUGUCUUAUGUUAUUGACGACUGACAAUUCAAAAAGCAGUUUGACCAUUAACCCCAGUACUCCAGACGGCACCGCGUGAAAGUUACGGGUUACUGAACAAAAAAUGAAGAACCACGAACUGGGUCUAUUUUAUGCCUGCCUGUACGAAAUUCCGAUGGUACGCGUCAUUUACCAACGUAGAGUGGGAUAAGCAAAGCCUCAAACAUAUCUGAACUAUGAAAAUCUUCCUAUGUAUUAUUGUAUCAUUAAGCAAACCAUCCUGGAAGAUUUUUUAAAUAUUGCCUCAUUUAUACUGUUAACAUAAUGAUGUAAACAUAUGACCUCACAUGCUCAUUCCCGAUUUUUUUAAAAUAGGAUAUCUAUCUCCCAAACAGGUAUUCAUUCAAUUGUUCUAUUAAUUUGAAAAAGACAAUGAUCUCAAACAAUUUUAUAAUUCAUGUUUAU